AACAUGAAGACAUCAUCAAGACCAAUGACAAUUCUAUUACUUUGUUCCAUGCUUUUGAUAUCGUUCUCAUCGAAAGCAUCUUCACUUUCGGUUGAGGAUAAUUUUGUCCAAUGCCUGUACAACCAUUCUAAGCCUUCUCAUCCAAUCUCCGAAGCAAUAUACCUUGCAAACAAUACCUCUUUUCGAUCUGUUCUUCAAUCCUACGUACGAAACCUUAGAUAUAUGACAUCUUUAACACCAAAACCGCUCGUAAUCGUAGCCGCUAAGGACGAAUCCCACGUCCAACGCACAGUUCUAUGUGCCAAAAGUGUUGGCCUAGAGAUCAGAAUCCGUAGUGGAGGACAUGAUUAUGAAGGAGUUUCCUAUGUAUCACAUAAGCCAUUCAUCGUCCUCGACAUGUUCAAUCUUCGAUCCAUAGACAUAGAUAUAGCAAAUGAGACCGCAUGGGUUCAAUCUGGAGCGACUCUUGGUGAAAUAUAUUAUGGAAUUGCAAACAAAAGUAAAUACCAUGCUUUCCCCGCUGGGGUUUGUCCUACACUUGGUGCUGGUGGACAUUUUACUGGUGGCGGAUAUGGGAAUUUGAUGAGAAAAUUUGGUCUUUCGGUUGACAACAUCGUUGACGCUAAGAUAGUUGAUGCAAAGGGAAGAAUUCUUGAUAGGGAAUCCAUGGGAGAAGAUCUUUUCUGGGCUAUUAGAGGAGGAGGUGCAUCGAGUUUCGGAGUCAUUCUUUCAUGGAAGAUUAACCUGGUUAAGAUUCCUGAUAUUGUGACUGUUUUCAAAGUCAAGAGGACUUUGGAACAAGGCGCUACUGACAUUGUUCUCCAAUGGCAACAAGUUGCUGAUAAGCUUCAUGAAGAUCUCUUCGUUAGAUUGGUUGUUAAACCUGUGAAUGGAAGCGAAGCGGGUGGUGAUGACAAGACUAUUGAAGCAAGUUUUGUUGGUAUGUUUCUUGGACAAUCGGGAUUGCUUCUAAACUUGACCAAGCAAAACUUUCCUAAACUGGGUUUAGAGCCAAAAGAUUGCAUCGAAAUAAGUUGGGUCGAAUCACUACUUUUCUGGGCAGAGUUCCCAAAUGGAACUGCCCCAGAAGCUUUGCUCGACAGGAAUCCAAAUAGAAAAAUAUUCUUUAAAUAUAAAUCUGACUACGUGAAAGAAAUUAUUCCGAGAGAUGGUUUGGAAGCAAUAUGGAAGGCGGUGAUUGAAGGUGGAGAAGUGGUAAUGCAAUGGAAUCCUUAUGGUGGGAAAAUGAGUGAGAUUUCCGAGACGGAAACUCCAUUCCCACAUCGGAAAGGUAACAUAUUUAAGAUCCAAUACCUUCUGAAUUGGAUGGAAGAUGGUAUUGAGGCCACCAAUCACCACCUGAAUUUUUCGAGAGAACUUCACGAAGCCAUGACUCCUUAUGUGUCCAAGAAUCCAAGGGAAGCUUUUCUCAAUUACCGGGACUUCGAUAUUGGAACCAGUUCGGUAGGUAAAUAUGAUGAAGGACGAGUUUAUGGGAUGAAGUAUUUCAAAGGCAAUUUUGAUCGACUUGUGAAAGUAAAGACAGUGGCUGAUCCUGAUAAUUUCUUUAGAAAUGAACAGAGUAUCCCUACUCAUCCUUAA